GCUUUGGGGUGUGUCAUGAUCACAACUGAUUGGGCAAAAUCUGCUUUCCCCACACAUCUGAUGUUCACAGAUGAUUACUUUAUUCUAUUAUCAUAUUGGAGUCAAGCAGAUCUAGAGGUUUUGGAUAUAGUCAUGCUACGAAGGCUAGAUGCCUAAUUUCUCCAUCUGCAAUCCACUCGAGUGUCCCAGGGUGUUCCAGUUUUGGAUUAUGUUGAAUAUUGGGCCCCAUCUCCGAAUUCUCCUUAUACUUCCUGUCCUCCAGUUUAGCCAGUCUUGGUCAAUGAACAAUUUUCUGAUGACCGGCCCCAAGGCAUAUCUGAUCUACUCAAGCAGUGUGGCGGCUGGAGCACAGAGUGGUAUUGAAGAGUGCAAAUACCAAUUUGCCUGGGAUCGGUGGAAUUGCCCUGAAAGGACUCUCCAGCUCUCCAGCCAUAGUGGGCUACGCAGUGACUUAAACUACCAAUCCACUGGACCUUCUACUGCAGGCAGCAGUCUCUUUGAUACCGGGCCUACUUAUCCAGUCUGGAGUAUUAAUUUCAACAGGAUCCUCUUCUCCAGGCUGGAAUCUCAAAUCAACCGGACAUUCCCAUCUCGCAGCCAGAUUCCAUUGUCACCGAAUUACCCUCUGCAGUCUGGAACCACCCUUUCAACAGGACUCAUUUCUCCAGCAAAUCGUGAAACCGCUUUUGUACAUGCGAUCAGCUCAGCGGGAGUUAUGUAUACACUGACAAGGAACUGCAGCCUUGGAGAUUUCGAUAAUUGUGGAUGUGAUGAUUCAAGAAAUGGACAACUUGGUGGCCAAGGAUGGUUGUGGGGUGGAUGCAGUGACAAUGUGGGAUUUGGAGAAGCCAUUUCAAAACAGUUUGUGGAUGCGCUUGAGACCGGACAAGAUGCCCGAGCUGCCAUGAAUCUACAUAACAAUGAAGCGGGAAGGAAAGCAGUGCAAAAUACAAUGAAACAAACAUGCAAAUGCCACGGUGUCUCGGGAAGCUGCACCACGCAGACCUGCUGGCUGCAACUGCCAGAGUUUAGGGAGGUUGGCUAUUAUUUAAAAGAGAAAUAUCACAAAGCCUUAAAAGUUGAUCUUCUACAAGGAGUGGGAAACAGCGCAGCCAGCAGAGGAGCCAUUGCUGAAAUAUUCAACUCUAUUUCCAAAAAGGAAUUGGUACACCUAGAAGAUUCCCCUGAUUACUGCCUGGAAAACAAGACUCUGGGUCUACUUGGUACCAAAGGCAGAGAAUGUCUCAAGCGAGGAAAGAUGCUCAACAAGUGGGAGAAGAGAAGCUGCAGGCGUCUUUGUGGGGACUGUGGGUUGGCAGUGGAGAAAAGAAGAGCAGAUAUGGUGUCCAGCUGCAACUGCAAGUUCCACUGGUGCUGUGCUGUGAAAUGCGAGCAGUGCCGUAAAAGCGUGACCAAAUACUUCUGCGUCAAAAAGGAAAAACGUGAGCGGAGUGGAGGUGGUAUAACCCGCAAAAAGGAAGCAAAGCUAAAGAAAAAAAUUUAAAAAACUGUUUUUAUUGACCUGUGACUUUUUGUUUUGUAAAAUAUAGCACAUUUUGUAAAUGGACCUUUUGCCUGGGCCUC